UCCCGUUAGCUCCGCCGGUAGCAGCUUGUCGCCCGUCGUCGCCACAGUCGCCUGUAAAUUUGACAGCAGACAUGUCGGUGUUUUGUGAAGUCCCUCAAGCGGCUCCCGUGGCUGUCUUCAAGCUCACGCAGGACUUCAACAACGACCAGUUUCCCAACAAGGUGAACCUCGGAGUUGGAGCCUACCGGACAGAUGAGGGCCAGCCAUGGGUUUUGCCAGUGGUGAAAAAAGUGGAAAAGAUCAUUGUGCAUGAUGACAGGCUAAAUCAUGAGUACCUGCCCAUCCUGGGCCUGCCUGACUUCAGAUCCUCGGCCUCUAAGAUUGCACUGGGAGACAACAGUCCUGCCAUCCAGGAGAACAGGGUGGGGGCCGUCCAGUGUCUGGGUGGCACAGGUGCUUUGAAGAUGGGUGCAGAAUUUCUCAGACGUUUCUAUAAUGGAACCAACAACACCAAAACACCCGUCUAUGUGUCUGCACCUACCUGGGAAAAUCACAAUGCUGUAUUCGCCAAUGCUGGUUUUGAGGAUGUCCGUCCAUACAAGUACUGGGACGCAGAGAGGAGAGGCCUUGAUUUGAACGGUUUCCUUGGAGACCUGGAGAGUUGUCCAGAGCGUUCUAUCUUUGUCCUCCAUGCCUGCGCCCAUAAUCCCACUGGCACAGACCCCACACAGAACCAGUGGAAGCAGAUUGCAGAAGUUAUGAUGAGGAGGAAGCUGUUUGUGUUCUUUGACUCGGCUUAUCAGGGAUUCGCCUCAGGCAGUCUGGAUAAAGAUGCCUGGGCGGUCCGCUACUUUGUCUCCAUGGGCUUUGAAAUGUUUUGCGCUCAGUCCUUCUCCAAGAACUUUGGCCUCUACAAUGAGCGUGUGGGAAACCUUACCAUCGUGGCUCGUGAUGCAGACAACCUGAAGCGGGUUCUGUCCCAGAUGGAGAAGAUUGUCAGGACAACUUGGUCCAACCCACCGUCUCAGGGAGCUCGCAUUGUUGCCAUCACUCUUACCUCACCUGAGCUCUUUGCUGAAUGGAAGGACAAUGUGAAGACCAUGGCUGACAGGGUUCUGUUGAUGAGGGCUCAGCUGAAAGCUAAGCUCCAGGCUCUGGGGACACCAGGCACUUGGGACCACAUCACAGAGCAGAUUGGCAUGUUCAGCUUUACAGGCCUCAACCCCAAACAAGUGGAAUAUAUGGUGAAGGAGAAACACAUCUACCUGAUGGCCAGUGGUCGCAUCAACAUGUGCGGUUUGACCACCAAGAACAUCGACUACGUGGCUGAAUCCAUCCAUGAGACCGUCACCAAGGUCCAGUAGAGGACUACACUACCCACAGUUCUCAGUACCUCCUCAUGAGCCACCAGAUACCAGGGGAAAGUGUUUGUAUGGAGCAGAUUUGAUUGGGCAAACAUGAACUCUAAUUUGCACACACAGCCCUCAGUUAUUGGCCCCGUUUCCUCCUCAUUUCAGUGUUUGUGUUCAGCUAGGUGAAACACAUCCUGGACCUAAUCCUGUGUAAACGCACAAAUGUGAAAAAUUCCUUUACAUAAUUGUUUUAUUGAUUUUUCCUGUUUCUUCGUGUUGGUCUCCCACUUAUAGUGUGUACUCAGUGUGAUUUUUUUUUUUUUUUUUUUUUACAAUAGUCAACUGUAGGUGUAUGUGUCAUUACCAGGACCUUUAAAAAGGGCUCCGUGUUAAAAUUACCUCAGCAGUGCUGACUCAACUGUCUAAAACUGUUUAAUGUCAUACUUUCAUGAUUCAUCCAUUCCAAGUGUUACAUAUUAACACAUUUUGAAUUUUAUUUAACAUGCAGUAAUUACCAUGAAUGACUAACAUUUAAGCACUGACCAAACUGACUCAAUGUAGCUUUGAUUAGAGGAAGCGAUAAUACUUUAAGUAUUUACUAGCUCUAUCAUAAACGGAGUAUCAGUAUUUACUGCCGAUAAUGUGAACAAAUAUAAGUGUUCUCAGGAAGGUAUUUUUAACUUAAACUAUGUAAUUUAUUAAUGCCACUGUCUUCUGCCCAACGGGGUUAAACUAAUUACCUCAAUUUUAAUAAGUAUUUAUGAAGCAUUUUUACCUCCAGUUUAUGUUCAGUGAGCACAAACAACAUUGAACUAUCCUAACAGUGAAUCCAGUGUAAUCUCUCUUUUCAGCUCACAGCUGAAAGUUGGGAUGUUUCUGGUUCAGUCGGGCACCUGCCAACUGAAUAUUGAGUUUGCACAGCAAUUGUGGGUCCAUAGCACUAAUGCAAUAUUAUGUAAGACCACUCAUGUCAGUGGCACAAACACACUAAUGAUCAACCAGUUUGCUAUCGUAUUACUGUGCAUAGUACACCAGAAAAACAGUUGUACUGUUAAGCAAAUAAAGCUGAAAAUGAAAAUGAAGCUAAUAAGAUUAAUUAAACACUAAUAAAGAACAAUAAAUAGUGGGUUUCUAUUGUUACAUGUUGGAAUUGUUUGCAUCUAUUAAACAGCUUUUACAAGCA